AUGAGCCGACCCUCAAGAAAUCGGAUUCCCAAACCGCCAGCGCCAGGCAGCGGUGUUCGGAAGAGCAGCAGCAGCGGCAGCGGCAAGAUGCUGUCCAUGUCAUACAGCGAGAGCAUCCGGAGCGGGAUCAACCGCUACCACUCGGACCAGGGGCUGAAUCAGCCCCCGUCCAGGCCCACGGACCAGGUUGAGCUGCAGAGGCUGCGCGAGCAGAGGAUCGCCGCUCAGAUUAAGAACAUGGAAGACUUCCUGAAGAUGAAUGGCUUAGCCCUGGAGGAAUGUGUGUCUUUUCAGACAGGCAUGAAGUACAGAAACCUUGGGAAGUCUGGCCUGCGGGUAUCCUGCCUUGGAUUAGGAACAUGGGUGACGUUCGGUGGACAGAUAACAGAUGAGAUGGCAGAGCAGCUGAUGACUCUGGCCUAUGAAAACGGCAUCAAUCUGUUUGACACAGCGGAGGUCUAUGCUGCUGGGAAGGCAGAGGUGGUGCUGGGAAACAUCAUAAAGAAGAAAGGAUGGAGACGCUCAAGUCUGGUGAUAACAACGAAGAUCUUUUGGGGUGGAAAAGCGGAGACUGAAAGAGGGUUAUCCCGAAAACACAUUAUAGAAGGUUUAAAGGCUUCUCUAGAAAGACUGCAGUUAGACUACGUGGAUGUGGUUUUCGCUAACAGACCCGACCCCAACACACCUAUGGAAGAAACUGUUCGAGCUAUGACCCAUGUGAUAAAUCAAGGCAUGGCCAUGUACUGGGGAACAUCCCGAUGGAGCCCGAUGGAAAUAAUGGAAGCAUACUCGGUUGCACGGCAGUUCAACCAGAUCCCCCCCAUCUGUGAGCAGGCUGAGUACCACAUGUUCCAGAGGGAGAAGGUGGAGGUGCAGCUGCCUGAGCUCUUUCAUAAGAUAGGUGUGGGAGCUAUGACAUGGUCUCCGUUGGCCUGCGGGAUCAUCUCAGGGAAAUACGACGGCAGGGUGCCUCCGUACUCGCGGGCAUCUCUAAAGGGCUACCAGUGGUUGAAGGACAAGAUCUUGAGCGAGGAGGGCCGGCGUCAGCAGGCGAAGUUGAAAGAGCUGCAGGCAAUCGCGGAGCGGCUGGGCUGCACUCUGCCCCAACUCGCCAUCGCAUGGUGCCUACGGAACGAGGGGGUGAGCUCUGUCCUUUUAGGGGCAUCCAACACCGACCAGCUGAUGGAGAACAUAGGAGCAAUUCAGGUUCUACCGAAGUUGUCGUCAUCCAUCACACACGAGGUGGACAGCAUCCUGGGGAACAAGCCGUACAGUAAAAAGGACUACCGCUCCUAACGCGUGGCUCGGCCCCGCCCAGCAGGGCUGCAACCUGGCCUGCAGCCGCAGCGCCCCACCUUUGCCUGAUCCUCUGUUUGCUUGAGCUUUUACUGAGUGAGACCCUGGCGCAUGAGUCUGGCCUCACUGAGGCCACGCAGGGCACCUCAUUUAGAGUUACAGAGAAGAGAAAAGAAGGAAUAAAUUCAGUCACCUCCACAAGACUGGGGUGGGAUUAGCAACGACAGACAGAAGAGUAAGAGAGAUUAGGGAUAUGCGCUCAUACGUAAAUCAGUUACACAUUCUAUUCAGCUGAAAGUAUUUUAAAAUCAUAGAGAAAAUUUAGGGGAAAAAAUUAUCUUUUUAAGAAAAGAAUAAGCACAUGCUUGCUUGGCAGCCAGAUUUUUCAGUUUUAUUUUAUUAUAAUUUUUUUUUUAUCUUUUUCUAAAACUGAAUGCAACUAAAAAAAAAAAAAAAGAGAUGAAGUUCAUACUGUAUGAAUAUAUGAGAACUGCUGUUGCACAUGUAUCAUAGCCAUGCAUUUGUUCCCGAGACGUUCUGUUUACAAACACUCGUGUACUGUAAAAGUCCGUCAAGGUUUCACUGAAAGAAAAGUUUGUGUUGUCGACGUUAUCGGCCCCUCUGUGGGCUUCAACAAUCAGCACUUUAGUACUGUCAGUACAGAUGUUAGAGGGUUG